CGCGGAAGAUGGUCCUUUGAAUUCAAGCUGCUCGUGGCCAUCUUACUCGAACGAGUACAACCAUAUGGAUUACUCUCGCCAAUAUGGGACCAAGGUGGUCAAUGUCUUCGGAACAGAACUUCCUCUUGAAGAACAGAACACCCAGGACAUGUCGAACAUGCAACGGUAUUUCCAUGGUACGCUGCCUUUUGCUCCCGAAUACCUCCACAGUGACCUCAGCAAGCAUUGUGGAGGCUCGAUGCAGAACCAAUACCUCGAGCACAACGGACCCUUGGAGCCACAGUCGCCGUGGCCUACCCCGGAGGAACACCGUCGACAAUGCUCUCCAGAUGACACCAUCUGGUCCGCUUCAAGCGGCAGUUGGAGUGCUAGUCCUCGAGACGAAUUGCAACCAUCGAACAUGUUCGCUCGGUACUCUAUGACGAGCCAGGUGGGCUACCCAGCCCACGGUAUGUCCUACCCAGAGCAGCAGAACGCCAAUGCAUCCUUUGCAGACCAGCCUAUGGGAGGCGGUUCAGGUAUUGCCCUUCGAGAGAUCCAGUACGCCCCCGACGAAGAACCGGAGCAGUCUGUCGAAGAAUCAGACCUGAAGAUCGAGUUCGCAUACGAGCAGGAGACAAUGGGCCACAAGAUGGAAGACUGCGAUGACUCUGGGCUUGGAGAGUCUAUGAGAGAUGCCGAAUCGGUUCAACCGGUCUCUCGUGACGAGGAUGGGUCCGACUCCGAAUACAAGCCCGCCGUGUCGUCACCGACCUCAAAGAGACGCAGGCGUCGCACGUCGCAGUCAAGCAGCUGCUCGAGCACAAAGCACACUCACAAACGCAGCAUUGGCACACGAGUAGCUUCCACUGCACCCGGCAUCUCCAACGCACGGGUCGUCAAGAAGGGUCGUUCAUCCAUGUCUUCGCCAGCGAGCGCCAGUGUGAACGCGUCAAGCAACGGCGGAAACAACAACGCUGUUCGACCUUUCCCCUGCCCACUGGCACCAUACUCCUGUUCCUCCACAUUCGCAUCCAAGAACGAGUGGAAGCGACACGUCAGCACGCAGCACAUUCGCCUCGGAUUUUGGCGUUGCGACCUCUGCCCUACUAAUGUGGACAGCGCCAACAGCUCCAUUGUCUACUACAACGACUUCAAUCGCAAAGACCUCUUUACCCAGCAUCUGCGAAGGAUGCACGCUGCGCCUGUUCAUGCUGUCCCCCGUAACAACCAGCGCGAGUACCCUGUCACCGAAGACAACCUCCCUGAACAUCAGAAACGGUGCUACACGCAUCUGCGAUCUCCACCUCCACGGUCAUCAUGCUUGUUCUGUGAUCGGCAGUUCCUCGAAUCUGGCGGAUGGGAGGAGCGCAUGGAACAUGUCGGCCGCCACCUAGAAAAGGAUCGCAAGGCGGGCGGAGCCCCGACUGACAUCAAAGAUUGGCAGCAUGACAAAGAACUCGAGCAGUGGCUCGUUGCCGAGGGCCUCAUUGAGGUUGACCGGAGCGGAGGAUGGAAGUUGGGCGAUGGGAAGCCCAAGCGCGGCGCGGAAGAAGAUGACGAUGAAGACGAAGACGCUCAGCACGAUGACGAAGAUGAGGCAUGAAGGAGUUAACAACACAUCGAACUGGUCGCUUUGGGUAAUACUGGCGGAGUCACGACAUAACGGCUACGGAUACGAUUUUUGAUACCCUCUCAAUGGCGUUUGCACGAAGUUUUAGCUACUCGACUCGCCUUACUGUACAUCUCCUUUGUCUUCUGGGCUCACGAAAGUUCAAAACUAAAAAAGACUUUCCCCUACGUACGCAUUUCUGGGACUUAUAUUACCGUAACUGGACUAUUUCGGAGUACCAUGAUAUUCCGCACCAUCAAAAUGAAAUCUCUCUGCUUCCAUACUAGCUCAGAUCCUCUCCUG